AUGAUUGGCAUUGGACUCAAGCAAUAUGAUCACAUUGUAUCAGUGGACAUGUUGAACUCUUUCGUCAAGAACCUUCUCAACAAUGUCGUCCAUCACAACGACAGACCACACGUCAUCAACAAUGGAUUGUUGAACUCGAUUGGAACUGCUGCAUCCUACCUUCUUUUGCUGCCAUGGAACGCAUAUAGAUACUUCUUCCCAGCAGAAAUAGGCUCAUCCACUGACCCAAUAUCCGAUCUCUCACUAUUCACACUGCUCUCAAUGAUUCAAUACCAUUCCAUCGACCUGAUGCCCACCGGAGCCAAUCCAUUUCGAGAUAUAAUUCAUACCAUCCAAGACCUAGACUUUGCAGAUAUGGGUACACUUGCACCAAACACACUGGCGAUAUCAAUGUCCAAGUUGUAUGAUACGAUAAUCAGAUCGCCAUCGAUGGAGAAGAACCUUCUCCUCCUAUACUAUUUAUUGCAGAAUCCCAACUUCUUCCGAUACGUUCAGUCCAGGACUGACAUUGAUAGCUUGAUAAUGCCAAGCCUUCACAUUCUGUACAGCUCCUUUGAGGAGAAGCCACAACAAGUCUACCUCAUACUCAUUGUUGUCUUGAUGCUCACACAAGAUCCUCUGUUCAAUGCCAAUGUCCACUCUUUGAUAAUACAUCAAGUCAACUGGUACAAGGAGAGACAUCUGCUCGAUAUUUCCCUCGGUGGACUACUCAUGGUGAUACUCAUCAAGUCGAUUGUGUUCAAUCUUUCCAAGUUAAGGGACGUAUAUCUUCACACAAACUGCUUGGCUAUCUUGGCCAAUCUGUCAUCAAGCAUCACAAACAUUCAUCCAUAUGUGGCAUCAAGGAUGGUAAAGUUGUUGGAGAUACUUUGUAAACGAUACCUAAAGCUGAAACAAAACAAUUCAAAUAUGUCCAAAGAAGGAAGUCCAAUAGAUCAACAAUUGGAGCAACAACUUCAGGAGAAUGCAUUGAUACAAUCUGAGGAGCUGCAAACUCACUCUGACUUCUUGUUUAUAGUUCUUCAGAUCAUCAACAGCACACUUACAUAUCGAUCCAACUUCAAUCCCCAUCUCAUAUACUCAUUACUACACCAGAGUGAAUAUCUCAAGAGUCUAUUCAAUGACGAAAACCUCUCUGAACUAGCUACCAACAUCUCAAAUAUACUCUCUUUCUUUGUGUAUGAAUUGUCAGUUGCCAAUGUACAGGAGGAUUGGCCCGCUGAGAGGAUACUCUUCUUUUUGGAAUCAAAGUCCAAACAGAUCGUUGCUCCACCCAAUGAACAGGAGGGUGCCCUGCGGUUCAAGUACGAGGAGGAACCAAACAGUCAUGAGUUCAUCACUCCAUAUCACUGGCAACUAUCACCAGCAGCAUCAACCACAGACAUUGAUAAUGGUGGACAAAAGACACCAACACUUGCUACUGACAGUAUGUCCAACGAGUUCAACAACCAUAGUGGUAGUUCGACGCCACCAAACGUAGAGAUCCAAAUCAUCACUGCUCCGACUCCACCUCUAGCUCAAGAUCCUGGACACAACAUAAACAUGGUGUGA